UUUUCACAAGUGGGCAUUUGCAGGUGUGUGUGUGUGCAUGAGAGGUGGUGUAAGUGCGUGUGUGUAAGGGGGGGGGGGGGGGGUUGUUCUCCCCUCGGUCACUGAGUCUGCAACAGAAGACCAAUUCCAAGCAGCAGAUCAACAGCAACACUCCCAACAGGUACAUCAGAAAAAACAUGUUGAUACUUCUCCCAAAGUAUGGACAUUUUCUACUCGUAAUGUGCCUUAAAUGCUGAAUUGCGAUUUUGAACGCUGGAUGAUCGUUGCGGUCUGACUUUUCCUGUGUUUGUCUUCAUUUUAAGGCAGCGACAUGAAGACUUUACUUUGCCUCACUGUUUUACUUUGUGUCUUUGUUUUCCACCUCAGCGGUAAGGACACUUUUGAAACUUACUUUGCAUUGUAAUUUUCUUACAAAUGUAUACAGAGGUGCAAUAAUACUUAACGUUUAAUAGUUGUCUAUUAUAAUGCUUCAUAUGUUUUGUUUUUUUGCAUUGCGUGUACAAAGACGCAUCUGUCUGCAGUGUGCCGAAUUCCUCCACCAUCAGUGUGUGUGUGUGUGUGUGUGCGUGUGUGUGUGUGUGUCUUGCGGCAAGAUUAUUUGUUUGGAGAAGCUCACAGGUCGGCUAAAAGUCUGUCCGAGCUGAAUCCCGUCUUUGUGUAUGGCCGUACUCGGAAUGCUUGCUGGGUGUUUAUUUUUUUCCAUCUCUCUCUCUCUCUGUCUGUCUCUCUUGCUCGCUCCUUCCUGCUCCACAGAGGCCAGGGUCAUCCCUGAGGGAGUGCCGUACGAUGAACCACCCGCCGUCCCCUACUGGCCGUACUCCACCUCGGACUUCUGGAACUAUGUAGAGUACUUCAAGUCCAUCGGGGCCUACAACCACAUCAACGAGAUGGCCCGGGCCUUCUUUGCCCACCAGCACCUGGGGGACACGCUGGGCUACGACAGCCCCACCGGACACGAGCACUAAGGUGGCAAGAACGACUGGGAAGUCACUGGAAGUGAAAAAAAAAAAAUGUAGAUGUAGAUUAUACUUUAGUUAUAGCAUUAUAAUUUUUAGGUUCGAAUGACGCUUUAAUGCAGUGCUUCU